CCUCUUCCAUCUUCACACUCCCCUAGUCCCCUGUAAAGAAAAGUCACAGUAGGGUUUUGGAGGGGUUUUAGUAAUCACCGCUAAAAACAGCAAAUCAACUCCAUCCUCUUCAAUCGAAUCCCUAACUUUCUUCAAUUAUCUCAGCAGCAUAAAACCCUAAUUAUCAUUAACCCCCUGAUAAUGCUUUCUCUGUCAUAAGGUUAUACAGACGAUGUCAGCUCUAAUAAGAAGAUCAACAAACCAUUUAUUAUCAUCUACAUUACUCUCUCUCAAAGACAAAAAAUUAGGGUUAAGAAAUAUUUCCAAUGGUCCUAUUGUUGCCGGAACAAAAAUAUUAGAAGCAUUUCAAGAAGAAUUUGAGGUUGGGAAACAUGUAAUUAAGUAUGAAACUGGUAAAAUUGCUAGGUUCGCUAAUGGUUCUGUUGUUAUUUCUAUGGAAGAAACCAAGGUUUUAUCUACUGUUACUUCUUCUAAAGGCGAUGCAACCGGUGAUUUCUUACCCUUAACGGUUGAUUAUCAAGAGAAGCAUUUUGCACAAGGGGUAAUACCUACUACAUUCAUGAGGAGGGAGGGUGCUCCAAAAGAACGUGAACUUUUGUGUGGUCGUAUAAUUGAUAGACCAAUUAGACCGCUUUUUCCUGCUGGUUUUUUCAAUGAGGUUCAGGUAAUGGCAAGUGUUCUUUCUUCUGAUGGAAAGCAAGACCCAGACGUAAUGGCAGCUAAUGCAACAUCAGCAGCUCUUAUGUUAUCUGAUAUUCCUUGGGGUGGUCCUAUUGGGGUUGUACGUAUUGGGAGGGUCGAUGGACAGUUAAUUGUCAACCCUAGCAUGGACGAGCUUAAUUUAAGUGAUCUCAAUUUGAUUUAUGCUUGCACUCAAGACAAGACUUUAAUGAUAGAUGUACAAGCUCGUGAGAUUUCAGAGAGAGACCUGGAAGCAGCUAUGCGGCAUGCACAUCCACAGGCGGUGAAGUAUAUUGAACCCCAAGUUAGAUUGGCUGCAAAAGCUGGAAAGCAGAAGAAAGAUUACAAAUUAUCCUUGGUAACGGAGAGGACACUAGAAAAAGUCAAGAACCUAUCUGAAGCGCCAAUCGAAGCUGUUUUUACUGAUCCAAAAUAUGGGAAGUUUGAACGUGGAGAAGCAUUGGAUAAAAUCACACAAGAUGUGAAAAGGUUACUUCAAGAAGAAUGUGACGAAGACAGCCUAAAAGUUCUUCCAAAGACAGUAGACACAGUGAGAAAGAAGGUAGUUCGCAGCCGGAUUAUCAAUGAUGGACUUAGAGUUGAUGGGAGAAAUCUUGAUGAAGUUAGGCCCGUUUAUUGCGAAACUGGUAAUUUACCAAUAUUACAUGGAUCAUCAAUUUUUUGUCGUGGAGAUACUCAGGUACUUUGCACCGUGACACUUGGAGCACCUGGAGAUGCUCAACGCUUGGAUUCUCUGGUUGGCCCCCCCAGAAAGCGCUUUAUGCUUCACUAUAGUUUUCCGCCCUUCUCUAUUAAUGAAGUCGGCAAACGAGGUGGCUUGAAUAGGCGUGAAGUUGGGCACGGAACUCUUGCGGAGAAAGCUUUGCUCGCUGUUUUACCUCCUGAAGAUGAAUUUCCCUAUACUGUUCGUAUUAAUUCAGAAGUCAUGGCUUCUGAUGGUUCAACCUCUAUGGCCACCGUGUGCGGAGGAAGCAUGGCUUUAAUGGAUGCUGGUAUACCACUACGUGAACAUGUGGCAGGUGUUUCAGUGGGCCUAGUUAGUGAAGUUGACCCGUCUACCGGAUUGAUAAAGGAUUACCGCAUUUUGACAGAUAUAUUAGGUUUGGAAGAUCAUCUAGGAGAUAUGGACUUCAAAAUUGCAGGCACACGCAAAGGAGUAACUGCAAUUCAAUUGGAUAUGAAACCUGCUGGAAUUCCUUUAGAUAUCAUCUGUGAGUGCUUAGAGCCUGCAUUAAAAGGUCGCCUUCAAAUUCUUGACCACAUGGAACGAGAGAUUAAUGCUCCCCAUACUCAAGAUGAUAGGAACUCACCGCGAUUAGUUAACCUGAAGUACGACAAUGCUUCCCUUCAACGCUUAAUCGGGCCGCAAGGUGCUCAAAGGAGAAAAAUUGAAGAAGAGACAGGUGCACGAAUUUCUGUCAGUGAUGGAACUCUUACCAUACUCGCCAAGAAUCAAACAAUUAUGGAAAAAGCUCAAGAAAAGGUCGAUUUUAUAAUUGGACGCGAGAUUGAAGUUGGAGGGAUAUAUAAAGGUGUUGUAAGCUCAGUCAAAGAAUAUGGUGCUUUUGUUGAGUUUAAUGGUGGUCAACAAGGAUUGUUACAUAUCUCUGAGUUGUCAUACGAACCGGUUACUCGGGUGUCUGAUCUAGUAUCUGUGGGCCAGCACCUUACAUUAAUGUGCAUUGGUCAGGAUGUCCGUGGUAAUAUAAAACUGUCUCUGAAGGCAACAUCACCCCGAAAUGAAGUGAAGAAUGUAGGACUACAGGGUUCUUCAAAUCCUACAAAACAAGCACCUGCUGUCUGGGCAUCUGUUGGAGACAUAAUCGCCUGCCAAGAAAACUCAGAAAUUGCCCUCGAGGAUAACGAGGACCAAAAUCAAGAAAGUUCUUCCUUAUCGUCACCAUCAUUUGUAGUUCGAAGUGCGGCUGAGUGUGACGAAGACGAAAGUUCAUAUGGUGCGGACAAAACAUCUACUCUGCAAAACCAGGAGAGUUCAACUGCUCCUGAUACCCAAAAAUUUCUAGAGUUGGCAUCGGUAAAAUCUCCACAGAAUCAAAAUAGUGAACUUGAAUCACUAUUCUCCAAUACAUCUCUCUCCACCCUUAAAAAGCUUAACGGCUCAAAAGCCACUUCAAGAAACAAGAAAGAGAAAACUGUUGAUUCUUCUUUUGAACAUAAACAUGAAAAUGAGAGCAUAAGCAGCACCAGAUCUGCAGUUAGUUCUUCUGGAAAAGGUAGUUUUUUCUCCUUAGCGUCAUUAUCAUCUCUAAUCCAAGUGGCUACAGAGCGUGACGAAGGCAGAAGUUCUUCUGGCAUGGAUGAAACAUCUGCACAGAAAAUUGUGAAUAUUUCUGGAGCUCUUAAAACCCCUAAAAAGCGUAAUGGCUCGAAAGCUAUUUCACGAAAACUGAAAGAGAAUACAGUUGGUUUGAACUCCUCCGUUAGUGCAGAUUCUCUGAAGUUGGGUGACAAGGUUGCUGCCAAAGUUUUUCAGGUUCGUACACAUGGGGUAAUCUUUGAUUUGGGAGGUGGAAUUCGUGGAAUGUACAAAUUUGAGUCUGAUGGAAGGAAAGACUUUGAGGAAGGCCAAGAGGUGCUCGUCCAAUGUUCUAGUUUCUCGGAUAAGGGGAUACCAGUAGUUUCUUUGUUCAAAGAUGACUAACGGGACCAUUUGGAACCCGGCAAUUUCUUGCAGAAAAUAGAUUAGUUAAGCUAAGCUGUCUAUGUUUAUUAAACCUCAAGAGGCAUUCCAACUGACUGAGUAGUGUUGGAAUCGGGCAGAUAAAUACAUAAUAAAAGUAGGGUGAAUCUUGUUGACGAGGUUAAUUUUUGAAAGAUGUCAAGAGGAAGCUGAAAAUCUAGAUGGUGCUCUCUGUUGCUUUCAAUUCGUUAUAACGUUCAUACAGUAUGGUUAUGCAUUGACAUAAAUCGAAGUAGAAAGACUUGUGUAAAUGGUUGUUUCUCUCUUUGUUAUCGUCUCUUGUUGGUUGUAAAGUAAUUUGAUCGUUACCAUCUUUUUUUUCUUUCUGAAUCACACUUUAUUAAUUGGUAAAAAAAGAGUUUUGAAA